AAUCAAGCGCCGCAAACGCUGUCCAUCGCCCCGGCAAAACCAUGCCUCGCCUUGUGUUCGCCGCCCUCAUCGCCGCCGCGCGCGCCUUCGUCGCGCCCGUGGCCCCCGCGGCGGCCCCGACGGCGCUGCGGUCCACGGAGGUGGGCGUGGGCCCCGAGACGGGCGGCGCCCUCUUCGACCCCGCGGGCUUCACGAAGAUCGCGUCGCCGACGACGAUGAAGUGGUUCCGCGCGUCGGAGCUCAAGCACGGCCGCGUGGCCAUGCUCGCGAACGUGGGCUGGGUCGUCCAGGCGAGCGGCUACGGCACGAUCAAGUUCCCGCUCGAGGGCGGCCUCGCGCCGCUCUCCAAGGUGCCCCUCGAGGCCAACGCCCAGCUCUGGAACCUCGCGUCGGGCGCGGGCUUCCUCCAGAUCAUCGCGACGGCGGGCAUGAUCGAGCUCAUCACCGAGUCGGCGGUCCAGCCGCACUACAUGGCGCCGGGCGGCAACGGCUACAUCGACAUCUUCGGCUACUCCAAGAGCGGCGAGGACUUCACGGACCUCCAGAACCAGGAGCUCAAGAACGGCCGCCUGGCCAUGAUCGGCAUCGCGGGCUUCGUCUGCUCCGCGCUCGUGCCGGGCUCCGUGCCGGGCAGCCCGUGGUAGGUUCGCGCUGGCGCCGUGAGGGAUGUAAAAAAAUUGACGCG